AUGGUUUCGAUGAGCACGACACCUAAGACGCUCAACUCCGCCGCCGCCGCCGUCGUCGCCGUCGCGGGCGGGGGCGGGAAGCAGCCGCAGCAGCAGCGGAUGCGGGGGGAGGCGGUGAUGGCGCUGCUGGCCCCGGCCCUGGCGCCCGCGGCGGGGGAGGAGGUGCGGAAGGUCAGGAAGCCCUACACCAUCACCAAGUCGCCGGAGAAAUGGACGGAGCCGGAGCAUGACAAGUUCCUCAAGGCCCUACAGCUUUUCCGUCGUGAUUGGACAAAGAUUGAAGCAUAUGUUGGCUCAAAGACUGCCAUACAGCUUAAGAGCCAUGCACAAAAGUACUACUUGAAGGUUCAGAAGAAUGGUACAGGCGAGCAUCUACCUCCACCCCGACCAAAACGAAAGACAGCUCAUCCAUAUCAUCAAAAGGCAUAUAAAAAUGUUUCUCAAGCUGUUUUGUCUCAACAACUCCCUCAGAGGGAGCAAGGCUCAGUCAAGUCUAUGGAUACAUCUACUGCUGUUACAAAUGCAAAUGCAAAUUCAGCAAUGCCUUCCUGGGACAAUACUCCGGUUCAACCUUUCAGUGCAAGUCAUGUGCAUGGUCACUUGUUGGCCCCGUCGAGCGAAGAGGAGGACCUCACCAACUUCCUCGUCAUGCUAUCGUCGUCGGCUUCGAGCACUGCGCAUCCCCAUGUAGUCGUUGAGGUCGACCAGGAGCCGUGCGCAAGCAAGAACGAGAAGAGGAAUCAGCUCCUCGUGCCGCAGCCCAUCCCAUGGUAG